CUACAAAAGCACGGCUCAGGCGCAUAUUUCUAAGGGCCAUAAAGGUCGUUGCUCAACGUUCGUCUCAAGUAAUAUCCACCAGAACAACAGCCGAAUACUGUGGCGUUCCCGUAAAAUCUCUGUCUUGCGCAGCCGUUCUGUCCUCCAAUGGACCAAGAAGUAAACCAAUUAGUCCAGGCGAUCCUCAUUGCUUCCGACCCGACACAAGGAACUUUGCAUCAGCAAGCGUUAGAAUAUCUCUCUAAUGUUCAGCAAAACGCGGCCAGUAGCUGGCGGUUAGCUCUCGCCCUGUUUGUCGAUACAACUCCCGAUGGCGCGCGGAAGCAUCCACCUCAAGCGCGAUUCUUUGGGCUGCAGGUCCUAGAUAAUUUCUUGGAUAAUCGCUAUGAGCCCUUAGACGAAGACUCGUUCACGACCUUACAGCAAGCACUUGUGGGAUACAUACAAUCCGAGUAUGUGUACGGCCCAGCAGAGUCGAGCGCGCCUUUCCUCCGCAACAAGUUCUCCCAUACUCUCACUCUUUUCUUCCUAUGCACUUACGUCGAGCAAUGGCCCUCGUUCCUCACGGACCUCUUCUCCCUUAUCCGUCCCUCGGAAUCAUCCUCCCAAUCCACCUUCAACCCCCACGUCUCCCUGCUCUUCUUCCACAUCGUGCUCGAGAUAUCGGGUGAGGUCGCGGACGCGAUCCUGAAGUCUGCGAGGACUUGGAAUGCAGCAAGGCAAGCCCGGGAUGGGCGUGUGCGUGAUGCAGUUCGAGAUCGGGACGCGGCGCGUAUCAAUGAAGCCGUGCUGACUAUUGUAGCGAACAGCGCGGACAGGAUGAGCAAGCUGCGCAAGGGCGAGCUGGACGUGCCCACGCCUGAAAAGGAGCUGUCUACCGCGGAGGAGGUAGUGGAUUGGGGAGUGAGGACGUUCGCGUCCUACGUCGGGUGGAUUGAUAUCAACCUGACGGUGACACCCACGACAAUUCCCCUCCUGUUCACCCUGCUGUCUGAUCCUUCUCUGCCGAUUCGGCUGGCCACUUGCGGAGCCCUGACACGCAUCGUCGCCAAAGGCCUGAAAGAGCCCGCUGACAAAUUGCAGCUCAUCAAGGUCCUCUCACUAGGAGAGGUGCUCGAUGCAUUAGAGAGCCGGACGAGAUCAGAACAAGAGGCUCGCGGGGAAGAUACGGACGAAGCCGAAGAAUCUUACCGCGAGGCUCUAGGUAAACUGCUAAAUGUCCUGGGCCUUGAGCUGAUGAAGCUCAUUGAUGAUUGCCUUAACGAGGAGAUUCGUUCGGAAGCGUCGAGAUUACUCGAACAGUGCCUCCCUGUGAUGCUUCGUUUCAUGUCUGACGAAUAUGAUGACACGUCGUCCACUAUCUUCCCGAUGCUGUCGACAAUCCUCAGCAGCUACAAAAAAGCCAAGAAAGUCUCCACAGAUCCUAUCGACGACUCAAAACGCUCCUUCCUCACCUCCCUCCUGCGCGUGAUACUCGAGAAAUUCAAAUGGGAGGAAGACGCAGACCCGGAUGACAUGGACGAGGACGACAAGGCCGCGUUCGAGACCCUGCGCAAAGAUCUGCGUACGUUCCUAGAUGCCGUGCUGGUGAUCGACCAGGAUCUGGUUACGGAUGCUGUGCGGACUCUGUCCAUCAACACGCUCACGGCGUACAGGAAUGGCGCGGCCAUUAAAUGGACGGAUGCUGAACUGUCGCUCUAUCUGAUAUUUAUCUACGGUGAAAUCAACAAAAGUGGGGGUAAGGGAAGGGCUGCGUUUUGCCAGGCUCCCCCUAUUCCAAGAGGCGAAGACCGCCGGAAGUUCGACUAUUCGGAAUACCCCUUGACUAGCCACGGCGAAAUGUUGUACACUAUGGCGCACUCAGGCAUUUCCGCGUACCCACACCGCGCAGUCGCCAUGCAGUUCUUCGAGACUGCUGCAAGAUAUGGUGAUUUCUUCAAGGUCCGGAAGGAUUGUAUCCUGCCCGUUCUGGAAGCUAUGGUCGAUACACGCGGUCUACACAGCCCUCAUUCUUCCGUCCGCUCCAGAGUAUUUUAUCUGUUCCACCGCUUCGUGAAAGAAGAUCGCAACGAGAUAACGUCCGAAGUUGCCUUGAAGCUGAUUGACAGUAUCCGGGACCUCCUCCCUGUCCAGGUCGAGCUGCCACAGCUCGAAGACGAGACACAAGAUAUGCUCACAGAAGCCGUGAACAACCCGGGGAUCUUCGAUUCUCAGCUGUAUCUCUUCGAGGCUGCCGGAACACUGGUAUCCUUGAUCUCGAAGGCGCCGGAACAGCAGGCCGCGCUGCUCUUGUCCAUCGUGAAACCUCAGCUGGACCAGCUUGCCACCAGCUUGCAGGCGGUCAAGGGCCCCCAGGAUCAUAUCCCUAUCUUGGAGGUGCAUCACAUCAUCAUGGCGUUGGGGAACAUCGCGAAGGGCUUCCCGGAUUACCCAUCGGAAAUACCGGAGGGGUAUACUCCGCCACCUCUGGAUGUGUUCCGGGAGGUCGCUCAAGCCAUCCUGACAUCUCUGAACGCCAUGAAUGUGUUCAAGGUAGUUCGGGAUGCGACGCGCUUCGCCUUUGCCAGGAUUAUCGCGACGACGGGACCGAAUGUGACGAGCUUCAUCCCGCCGUUGAUGGCUAGCCUCCUCACACAUUUCGAACUCGUGGAGCUCGUGGAUUUCAUGAACUUCAUAGGGCUACUUGUACACAAACUUCAGUUGGAUAUCUUUGAUGUGCUGGACCAGCUCAUAGGACCGCUGAGCGAACGUAUCACUGAGGUUCUCUCGCAACCGGUCACGGGCACGGAUGAUCAGCUCGCUCAUACGGACACGAAGAGAGCCUACCUCGGUUUACUGAAUACUAUCGUGUCCUCGAGUGUACACGGCAUAUUCAUAUCGGAAAGGAACAAGGGCCGGUUCGAAAAUCUUCUCGAAAGUAUGGAGCAGCUUGCCACCGAUUUGUCUGAUCCAGGCAGCGCGAAGGCAGCAUUCACGUUCUUGGGCCGCUGCGUUAGUGUUUGGGGCCGACGUCCUGAAGAAAUCGCUGCCAAUGGUAAUGGCAACGCACUAGCCGGAGCCCAGAGCCUACCAGGAUUCGAACGGUUUAUAUAUGAACAGCUGGUGCCACUGGCUUUCAAAGUCUUGUCGUUACCCAACUUCAACAUCAAGGACGGCCAGAUGCUCAUGGUACUCCACGAGAUCGCCAACUUCCUCCAGACUGUCUGCAAGACGAGGGGCCAGGAAGCCUAUGACUUCUUCGUGAACGUGUUCCUCCCGGCUCAGAACUGGCCUCAAGAUAUGUCGGUCGACUUUGCUACUAAACUCAGGGACUUUGAUGGCAAGGGCUUUAGGAAAUACUUUGUAGAUCUAGUCCGAGCCUCACGAGCCGGCUCAUAGCAUCGUAUGCUUUUAAAAUUCUCGUGUCUGCUGUGUCGGCUGCUCUUCAUUUAUCUGCACAUCUGUUAGCUCUACAAGUUCGUUGCAUCAGUGUUCACAUUCAACAAGUCUCCCUGCAUAUCAUCUGUAGCUUUGCAUUUCUGGUCGAGUAGUACAAGUCGUUCCCCUGCACAAGAAGUAUUUGAGCAG